GCACAGGUGAUCGUGCUACAACAAAAGCUGGAGGAGACAAAAGCUUGUUUGAGAACAUUGUUGAAAAUAAAUUGGGUAACAGCCAGACAGUUGGCAAGGGUUACGGGCAAGCAAACCGUCAGAGUUUGAGAUGGGACGAAAGAAUUUGUCUGUCAGAGCAGGCAAAAAUAGAUCCUGUAUGUAGAUGCCUCAACAACCAGUUGGUGUGCAAAAUUGUAUGGACAAACGGCAUUCAGAAAUUGGCCGGAAGUGCUAAGUUUUCGAGAGAUUGCAAAACUGGAAGCAUAAGCUCUUCUGCUUGGCCUUCAGAGUUUCGCAAAUUUGUUGAAGGGUUUUUGGGUUCUAGUGUUUAUAGACAGUCAUACAGCACUAGCGACAAUGAA